CCUGUGUGGGUGCGAGUCCGGCCGCCGCUGCGGGGCUGCUCAGUGCGUGCGGGUGGCUCAGCAGAGAUCGAGCUACCCCCCCGGCCACCCCCGGCAGCGAUGGGGGCGACGUCCCACCAGGCUGGGCUGCUGCUGGCCGCGCUCUGCCUGCUCGCUUCCCACGGAGGGCCAGCAGCUUUCCUGAUCACCACCCCAUACUCGCUCUGCAUCUGCCCCGAGGGCCAGAACGUCACCUUGACCUGCCGGAUCAGCGGUCCCCUCGCCGACCGCCACGAUCUGCUCUACAAAACCUGGUACUACAGCAGCAACGGCGACCAGAGCUGCUCCGAGAAAAAACACAUCCGCAACGUCACCGAGAAGGAGCUGCACCACGACCUGGGCAGGCACCACGAGCCGCCGGGCAACAGCACCCAAAAAUCCCCUCUCGGGGGGCAAGGCAGCCACCACGGGGUGGAAUUUGUCCCUGACCACCACGGUGCCUUUCAUAUCGUGGUGAUGAACCUGACGCUGCAGGACAGCGGGAAUUACUGCUGCUACGCCGUGGAGGCCAGGCGAGAGCACGGCAAACCCCACACCCUGCAGGUCGCUCACGGUUUCGUGGAGCUGCAGAUCCAGCAAGGCAGAGAAGGGCUUCAGAACUGCACAUUUCAUACUGCCACCAGCAAAGAUAUCACAGCCGCCGCGCUGGCAACGGGCGCCUGCAUCGUGGGCAUCCUCUGCCUGCCCCUCAUCUUGCUCCUGAUUUACAAGCAGCGACAAGCCGUCAGCAGCAGACGUGCCCAUGAGCUCGUCAGGAUGGAAAGCAGCGCCCAGGGCAUCGAAAACCCCGUCUUCGAGGCGGUCCCCUCGGCGAGCACGGAGCUGCGGCCCCGACCCCAGCUCUCCUACAUGGCCACCCGGCAGCCCUCUGAGUCCGGCCAGCAUCUGCUCUCCGAGCCUGGCACCCCACUUUCCCCCCCCGGCCCCGGGGACUGCUUCUUCCCGACGCUGGAUCCUGUUCCCGACUCACCAAAUUCCUUCAAAGCCUAAAGACCCCGGAGGAAACCACAUCCCCCAGCCACAGCCGGGAGAGGCCAGGCCAGGCAACCACCACACCACGCUCGUCCAGCCGAGACCCCCCGGGAGGGCAGCGUGGCCACGGGCAAAGCCUUGAAAAAUGAAGCUGAACGCAGGAGCCCUGUCCUUGCCUCCUGCCCUGGCUCUGCCCUGGGGCUGGAAGUGAACCUCUCUUGUCUGGAUUUUGGUUUUGAACUCCCUAUUUCUAUGGAGAAGAACAUGGUUCUGUACCGCUCACAUUUCACAGACUAGCUGAAAAUUGGGGAUGCAGGGAAGGAAGGACAACCCACACCUGCAAGCGUCCCCAAGGAUUUCACUCAUUGCCAGGGGUUUAAGCUCUGCAACAUCAACCUGUUUCUGCAUCUCUGACUGAACAUCCUCUCUGGGAGCGGAUGGUGAAGUACUUUAUCCACUGUGAGACAAAACAGGGUCACUGGCCAACCUUACUACUACCUUUUUCUUUGCAAAACAGGAAGGGGAGAGGCUCCCUGCUGCUGAUGGAGCCCUCCUUCCCCACCAGCCUUUUGAGACAGCCACAGACUUACGAGGCUGCCGUGUUUUCAGCUGGACACGUCAGGAAGAGCCUUGUUUCUGUUGCAAUAUUAUCCUCGGCUUGGGAUCACCGGAAUAUUCCUUUCUGUUUGUUUUAUAAUCAGUGCUGAUUAAAAGAAAAAAAGGAUGUUUAUAGGUUUGGGGUUUUUUUUUUUUUUGUUUUGUUUUUUUGCUUGGUUUGUUGUUUUGUUUUUUUUUUUUUUUUUUCCUCAAUGCCUGUAAUUUAGAAAGUUCAUCUGGAGGGUGCUGGAGGAUGUUCCCAUUACGUGGCCGAGAGCCCCCGUGGAGAAGCGGAGGCACGGCAGCACGCAGUGGGCAGUGGGAAACGCUCCGGCUGGCUUCCCCAAACCCUCCUGGGGCCACCACGGCCAGAGCAGCCAUCCCCAGGGCCACUGCCUUCAGCCAUGCCAGAGGACCCUGCUAAAUCCUGGGGGACGUGGGUGCCCUCACAGCACCCUCCGUCCGAACGCAGCACCCCAGCAUCACUUAUCCAAAAGAAGCUGGCUCCAGCGUGACUCAGCCCCCAGCGAGGAGAUAAAAACCUUGUGGUAGACACUGAUACUCAAAGGGUGUGUUUGUUUUUUUGUUUUUUUUUUUUUCUCUUGCUUCUGUUUUUGUUGUAAAGUGGGGAAAAAAUUGCCACUAAGACAAACAUAAACAUUAGUCAUACCAAAACACUGUCAGACCUGAACAACAGCCGUACCAGGCAGCGUGCCUGGGCAGAGCAACCCCAGGACCACGCCGAAUUCUCACACUAGGUGUCUGGUGGAAACAGUGUUUGCCUCUGCAACGGGCUGGGGACACCCUGGAUUUGAUUAAUCCGGCUUUGGCUUCAGCAAGAGCAAGUUCAAGAUGGUCCGACCACAGGACCGGAUAAAGGAGAAGCCAGCAGUGACGCCCCCACCACAGAUUUAACUUCCUGAGCAUGGGAUCUUGUGCUUUAUUGCUACCCACGGCUCAGCCCCUUUCCCAGCUUUGCUGGGGAAGCUUGCCCAGUGCCUCCAGUGCUUCCCUCUCCCCAUCCCAGUGGCUGCAGCUGGAAAGGCACAUGGGGAAUUUGCCUGCCCCAGGGUCCUAACUGCUUUGAAACCUCUCCAGGUCCUUCCAUUUGCUAAUGAACGCACUGUUUGACCACGGAAUAAAGCUUUGUUGGAAACAGG